AUGGAAGGUUCGAUCGAGCAGCGGCACGCGAUCAAGUUUUGUGUGCGCUUGGGCAAGAAUGCACCUGAAACCUACGGUAUGCUUCGAGAAGCCUUCAAGGGUGACUGUAUAUCAAGAUCGCAGUCAGGACGCUGGCAUAAGGCAUUUUUAGAGGGUCGAACCAAGGUCGCCGACGAACAACGCUCUGGACGACCAACAACCGCGCGAACCGACGCUAACGUGGAGCGUGUGCAGAAACUUUUGGACACCGAUCGUCGAUUAGGUAUCAAACAAAUCGCAGACACCCUAGACAUUAGUACAUUUGCAGUGCACGGGAUAAUAACGCAAGAUUUGGCGAUGAGAAAGGUGUGCGCAAAGCUGGUACCAAAAGUGCUCACUCAAGAACAAAAGGACCUCCGAGUUUUGCGCUGUGAAGCAUUGUUGGAAUUGAUAGAAAGUGACCUACAGCCCGGACCUGGUUCCGUGUGA